AUGGUGAUGGCAUAUAUCCGUGCUAAGAAGGAUUUACAGGAGUACGAGGAGAUACCUGGAAUAAGCAUCAAAUAUGACGAAGCAAAUCCAAUGAGAAUCGACCUGGAGGUCUGUCCCAACGAGGGACUCUACCAAGGUGGAAAAUUCAAGUUUGUCUGCGAAGUGCCAGAAGACUAUCCUAAUCGAGCUCCAGAAUUCAAAUGCUUGCAAAAAAUAUACCAUCCUAACAUCGAUCUGGAGGGCCAUGUCUGUCUCAACAUACUGCGGAACGACUGGAAACCAACGCUGACUCUGCAGUUGGUGUUUGCCGGAAUUCUACACCUGUUCUUACAGCCAAACGCCAACGAUCCCCUAAACAAGGAUGCUGCCAACGACUUGUCUAAGUACCCUGCCCAGUUUAAGAGGCAUGUUCUCAACGCAAUGGCGGGAGGAUACGUGGGCGACGAAAAAUUCGACAAAGUGGUAGACUACCCAGACAGAAGAUACUUGUAA